UACGGUUCGAUAACCUGGGGAAGGAAGAGCAGUUUAGGGGCGAGCAUGGUAAUGGAUGAGCACAGCUUGAUGGUCCCCAUCAACAAAGAUGCCUAUGAAGUUCUUAAGAAAAGAAAGGACUGUCUAAGUGAUGUCAUUUACAAAAAGUUUGCUUGUACCCUGGCCUUCGAAAGUGCAGCAUGCACUGUUGAAGUAUACAAGAAAAAACUAAAGCAAGGAAUUGACCUUUGUGUUUGUAAGGAUGAUCUCACAAGACACAAGGUAGAUGCGUUGGUGAAUGCAGCCAAUGACCACCUAGAACAUGCAGGAGGCCUUGCUUUAGCUCUUGUGAAUGCUGGAGGGCCAGAAAUACAACGGCAAAGCAACCUUCAUAUUCAAAAGUAUGGAAGACUCUCAACUGGCCAAAUAGCAGUAACAGGUGGAGGAAAGCUUCCUUGCAAGGAAAUCAUUCAUGUAGUUGGUCCGAGGUGGUCUGUUUAUGAGAAUGAAAAAUGUUGCUACCAACUUCAGGAAGCUAUUGAGAAUGUUCUGAAGCAUGUUAGUGCUCCAGAAAGUACUACAAAGUCAGUGGCUAUCCCAGCAGUGAGUUCAGGUAUUUUUGGCUUCCCAGUCCGUUUGUGUGCUCAAGUGAUUGUAACAACAAUAAAGGAGUUUGUUGAAGCAAUUCCACCGAGCUGUCUCAAGGAAAUCCGCCUGGUGAACAUUUGUGAGUCUACAGUUGCAGAAAUGAGGAAGGCCUGUGAAGAGAUUCUGGGUGAUACCAGUUCGCUUUGGGGAACUCCUUCAGCUCCACCAAGGUACCCUUCAGCUUUCAUUAAACAUGAAGGCAUUCGCUUGCGCAUUAUAAAAGGACUCCUUGAAGAGCAGAAGACUACAGCUGUUGUUAACUACCUGUCUCUGAAUGGCAAGCCUCAGUCUCCUGUCUCAGAAAGACUGCUGCAAAAAGCAGGUCCACAUCUUCAGGACAAAUUAAAGGUUCAUUUUGGACGUCCUUCAUCCUUUAUGGAAAUGAUACCAACAAAAGGGUAUAACCUGCCCUGCAAGGUGGUACUGCAUGUUGUAGAGCAGCCUUACAAGCACAAGGUGUUACUGUGGGAGGAAUUAAGGACUGCAGUGACAAAAUGCUUGCAAUACUUCCAGAACCAGAAAUCUCCCUCCUCAGUUUCUUUUCCAGCAAAUGGUGGGAAGUGGUUGUCAAUGCUACCUGCUGAUACAGUGGCAGAGAUCAUGAUUGAAGAGGUGUUAAAUUUUGCCAGGGAACACCCUGAGCGGAAUAUGGACGUGCAGUUUGUCUUUUGCCCAAAUGCCUGUGAAGCCUAUGAGGUUUUCCAGAAGAAACUGUAUUCAAAAACACAGAAGCUGGAAAAAAGGCAACCUUGCAACAGAAGUGAUCGUUUCAGUAAAAAGAAGUUAGUAUUUGCAUGUGUCUUGGAGGAAGGGGGAGGCAAAAAUGUGUUAAUGCUUUGCAUGGAUAGGAAUGGAAUUGGGCAGUCCUUUUACUUUUAUAAAACAAAACAUUCUCUUUCAGGUACCACAUCAGGCAGUCAGGCUGCAAAAGUAACUGAAAAUAGUAAACCAGUUCUUGAACUUAAAGGGAACAUACAAACAGCAUUGGAAGCAGCAGAAUCGUGGAUCCAAAGCAUGGUACAAAUUUGGGAAAGUCACUGUGCUGUUAUUGAAAACAACUACAUUUUUAGCCUUGGUAGAGAAGAGUUUGCAGAACUAUCUCAAGAGCAGCAUGCCAGUGUACAUGUAUCAGAAGAGGUGAAAGGUGGAAAAGCAAGACUGCAAUUUCAAGGCCCUCCUGAUGCUGUGAUUGAUGCAGUGCUUGCAACUGAAAAAUUACUGCUUUGUAUGCAAGAGAAGAGUACAGCCAAACAAGAGGAACUGCUGCACUUAAUGGGCCAAUCAGAAGCAGGUCAACUUUCAGGAGAACAGCUUUACGAGACAAAUACUAAAAGCAUCCAGAUCUCACUGGUGGAAUCACACCUUCAGGAGUUUAAAGACAGGAAGAAACAGUUUGAAAAAGCUGGGCUUUGUGUUCUCAAGAUUGAAAAGAUACAGAAUCCCCUUUUAUCUGCUGCAUUCCAACAAAUGAAAAAAAGCCUUGAAGAACAAGGUACCUCCAAGAUAGCCCACAAGUUGUACCAGCAUGUCCCUGCUCAGUUCUGCAGCUCAGUGUGCCAAACGGGAUUUCACAGGAUGUACUCUCCACCAACAGAACAAAAAUACGGAGCUGGCAUCUACUUUAAAAGGAACCUGAAAAGCCUAACUGAGGGUAAAGAUAUCUGGAAAACUGACACCAAAAUGUAUGUGUUUGAGGCUGAUGUAUUAACAGGCUUAUACACUACAGGCAAGCAGUCUUAUAUCAUGCCACCAGCAGUGGAAGGAGAUACCACUAAGGUAUAUGACAGCCUAGUAGAUAAUGUAAACAAUCCUGACACUUUUGUCAUUUUCAACAGUAUUGCAGCCCUUCCACAGUAUCUGUUGACUUGUGUUCAACUGAGGGAGGGGUAUAUGGCUGCUGAGCAAACCAGCAGCAUGCUGAUUUAAGAAUUUACCAGUAGUGUAGUAGCUAUAGUGAAGACCCCCUCAGAACAAAGUCUAGUAUUUAAAGAGGAUGGUCUACCUACUAACAUGCUGUGAUCCAAGUGCCUCUGUGCAAACCACUGCACAAUAUCCAUGAACAAAAAAAUGUCACUCAGUACCUUAAGGAGAUUAGAAGAAAAUUAUCUGUGGAUGGGGAACAGAAGGGGAAGUAUCACAAAACAUAGUUUAACAUCUAUCUGAUCAUUUAUGCCUUCAAAUGUUCUGAGCAUGCAACUAUACCAUUGCUGUUUGCCUAGGGUGUCAUUCUUCCAUUACGUUAUCUUAAUCUGAGAUAUUGCAUAUGUUAAUGGAACCUAAGAAAUCUUGGCUGUGCCUUUGGUUCUAUGAAUUUCUUUUGACUCAAAUAGGUGAAUAUUAGGGGGAAACUGUGUCCUGCUGAGGGGCAUGCUAUUAAAUACACACUUUUGACAAAUGUGAGGCAAUACAUUGUGAUUUCUAACAGUAGUUGCCGUUGCACCUUUUAUUA